ACUGCUGUUUGUCUAAGCCUUUUAUGGUUAUCAAAUUCAUACAGUAAUUAUAGUCCCUCUGUGGGAGGAACUGUCUCUCACGCCCUUUUUGGCUCUCACAUAAAUAUUGACAUUGUUGAUCUCACUAUAGUCCAGCAGAGGGAGCUCAAUCCUCAAAAUGAUAAUGCUAAUAAAUCCAUUCAUCACAAUCCAUGUUUUCCACAGACAUAUGAAUCUAUGGGGGCAGAGGCAGUCCUUUUAAGAAAACUAAUAAUAAAAUUGUGAAAAUAGCACAUCAUUAAGAACAUUAGGCACUCUUUUCAUUCUCCACUUACUUGUGAAUUAGUAUACGAUAUGAAUUUUCUGGCCAUUUUCAAACACAGCUUUCUGUAUUUAGACAAGAAACAUGUGCCCAUAUAUUUCCCUCUUUACUGUUGGUGGGUAUCAAAUUGGUCAAAAAUGGGGACACCUGGGACAUGUCUUGUAUGAAACGGGGACAAAUCACUGGUUUUGUAUAAAUCUGCUGUGACAGAAGACACAGGGCUCAAAACUGAGACUGUAAAUAGGGAUGUCAGGUCACCCUAAAUAAGGAACGUCAUAGCAUUAUAAAAGCAUAAAUUAUAACUUGAUGUUCCUGUUUCAUUGUUCAGCUUCCAACGAUUGCUUCGUUACCUCCCAUGUAAUAGACGAACAUACAUGUGUACAUGUGUGAAUGGAAAAUGUUCACAGCAUUUUUAUACGAGGAAAUAACUGUAACAAUAACUGGAAUGCUCUGUGACAAGGGAGGGGCAUAACAAGUAUGACAAGUGAACGCAGCUCACCACACCUUUGUGGCUUAGAGUUUCAGUACCUGCCCUACUGCUCCACACACUGUCUACACGACAACACUCAUGUCAGUUUCAUGUCAGUAAAUAUUCUCUUGGCUAUACAAUGGAUAUAGAGGAGCAAAGGGAAAAAAUAGAUGAGGAAGAGGACGAGGAUACAGAAGGACUGGCAUGGCUUCUAUGGAGCGAGAGCUCAGAUGUGACGCCCAUGGACACCAAUAUCAAUCAGACCAGUCCAGGACGUCAGGAUGGUACGGAUGCCAAAUGCACUAAGGAGUUUUCCCAAGAGCGUGUGUUUGAAGCUGCCUCCUGUGGUGACGUCUCAAAGCUCCAAGGUCUAUUGGAGUUUCUGACAGUCAACAACAAAUGCCUCACCAGCCCUGAGUUCAUAGAUCAAUCCAAUGGGAAAACUGCACUGCUGAAGGCCUUGUUGAACCUAACUGAAGAUAACAAAAAUGACACUGUUGAAGUGCUCUUGGACAUUGCAGAGAAAACUGGAGAUUUACAAAACUUGAUCAAUGCAUCCUACACAGACUGGUGUUACAAAGGGCAGACUGCGCUGCAUGUGGCCAUCGAGAGGAGGAGUCUGGACCAUGUGAAGCUGUUGGUCCAGAAGGGAGCAGAUGUGCAAGCCAAAGCCAAUGGGAAGUUCUUUCAGCAGAAUGAAGGAUUUGGGUUUUAUUUUGGGGAGCUGCCUCUGUCGCUGGCGGCCUGCACCAACCAGCCUGAGAUGGUGUCUUAUCUCCUGGACAACCCUCACAGACGAGCUGAGGUGACGGACAGAGACUCCGAGGGCAACAGUGUUCUACACGCUCUGGUGGUGAUCGCAGACAACAGCCCUGAGAACACACAAAUGAUCGCAUACAUGUAUGACAAGAUUCUGACCGAGCACCACACACUGCACAAGGACAGCCCCGUUCGCCUGGAGGACAUCAAGAACAACCAGGGACUCACACCUCUCAAGUUAGCUGCCAAGCUGGGCCGCAUAGGGCUGCUGAAGCACAUGCUACAUCGGGAGUUUAUGGACAAAGAGUCCCGUCCUCUGUCCAGGAAGUUUACUGAAUGGGUGUAUGGGCCAGUACACUCGUCUCUGUAUGACACCAGCUCCAUUGACACAGAUGAAGACAACUCAGUGCUGGAGAUAGUUAUAUUUGGCAGCCAAAUCCCGAACCGCACAGAGAUGCUGCAGCUGGAGCCUCUGCGCAGUCUUCUGGAGGACAAGUGGGAGGGCUUUGCUUCCAAACUGUUUCUUUUUAACUUCCUGGUUUACAUGGUUUACCUGAGCAUCUUCACCGCUGUGGCCAUCAACAGGAAGGAGGGAAAGCCCCCGUUCCCCAUUGAGGAUGUUCCUGAUGACUACCUGCGCAGCACUGGACAGGUCAUCAGUGUGCUGGGAGGACUCUGGUUCUUUUACAGAGCAGUAGUGAUUUUCAAGAGGAACCCUCCCAAGUUCAGCAGUCUCUACACAGAUGGAUUCAGUGACAUUAUCUUUUUCCUCCAGGGCACUCUGCUCGUGUUCUGUGUUCCUCUGUAUGUGAGUGGACUCAGGGAGUAUGUGGGGCUGCAGGUCAUCUCUUUGGCUCUGUCCUGGGUCAACAUUUUACACUAUGCUAGAGGAAUCAAACAACUGGGCAUUUACAACGUGAUGAUGCAGAGGAUGAUCCUCAGGGAUAUACUGCACUUCCUGUUUGUUUAUGGUGUCUUCCUCUUUGGCUUCUCAGCUGCUAUUAUGUCACUUAUAAAAGAUGUCCCACCAGAGCCAUUUAAUGAGACAGAACCUGUAGUGGUGCACCCUCUGGACCUCUGUGAAAAACCAUCUUACAAUGACGUGCGCUUCACAAUUCUGGAGCUGUUUAAGUUCACUAUUGGAAUGGGAGACCUGCAGUUCACUGACCAUGUCCAGUACAAAGAGGUCUUCUACAUCCUGCUCAUCCUCUACAUCGUGCUCACCUACAUCCUGCUGCUGAACAUGCUCAUAGCCAUAAUGGGCAACACUGUGGAGAGGAUCUCUAGCGAGAGCGAGAACAUCUGGAACCUGCAGAGGUCUCAUACAAUUUUGGACAUGGAGAGAACUCUCCCAAGGUGUAUAUUAAAUAAACUGCGCUCUAGGGUGUCAAAAACUGUCAAUUUCAAACAUCAACGGGACAAAAAUCGAAGAUUUUUAAGAGUGGCAGAGACUCAAUGGACCCAGUGGCGAUCAAAUAUGUAUUUUGAUAGAGAGGAGGACCCAGGCAGUGACGUCCUGCAGUCCACAACUUCAAAUAGGAACAGAUGGCGCCUUCAUCCGUUCAUGGACCGAAUAAGAGCCAGACGCCAGCAGCCUCAAACAGUCCAAUCCUAAUGCUGCUCACAUCACAGUAUCAUCACAGUACCAUCAAGCUGUACACUGGUACAUUCAAGAUCCUCACAUAGUGACUGUUGUUAAUUAGGGCUGCAAUGAUUAAUCGACUAAUCUUGACUGGCUGACUAUAAUUUGUGGUUAUACUUUUGGAUAACGAUAAUUGUUAUCUUGACUCUACAGUCUCUAAGACACAUACAAAAAUAAUUUUUUUAUAACAAAGACAGUAACAUUGUUAAAUCAAAAUAUCAAACAAGAAUAAACUAUUUCUGAUUUUCAUCAAUGAUACACUUAGUUAAUAUUCUCUAUAUUUGGAAGCCUUUAGUCACCAUAUUUCAACUUUAUUUGGUUGAAAAAAAUAAUCAUUUGAUUAGUCAACUAAUCAAAAAAAUAUAUAUUACUAUCUAGUCAACUACUAAAAGGAUGGUUAGUGGCAGCCUAUUGUUCACUUAACAUUUGCUGUCAAAGCAGAUAUCAGUGUCACAUGACUGAAAUGCUUUAAGAGCUCAUAAUAAAAUAAUACUUUCUUACCUUUAUAAUAACAUUCA